GUGAGCAUGUCUUGUAUACUUGGUGAACCAUGUUGCAAUAUCGAAACACACAUCACAUUCACAUAUGUGAACGUGAUAGUGGGUACGAGUUAUAUUAGGUGUUACUGGUUAAAGCGUUGUCAAACACUGAAUACUUGUGGCAUCUUUAAGCCGUACUUUGAAUGCUGAAAGGAAUUUCACGUUAAUUUAACUGAAUAAACAAAAUACCCAGUGAUUAUUUCGAUGACGAGUUCACGCUUUAGGAAUAAAUUGACUGAAAACAAAACUCUCAAUUGGAACAAUAUGUUUUGUUCUGUUUAAAAUGGGUUGCUCAGAGCUCCAGGGCAGAAGAGGCACUAAUAAAUUAAAUCCUCAUGGUAUCUAAUUGCUGAUCUAGGUUCAUAUACUACUUUUUCUCUUAGCAUACUGGAGCUCGGUGCACCAUUGGUUUGGAAUCAGGGUUUUUGAACUUUCCUAGAUAAGUCUUCCUUACUCAACAACUUAGCUUAAACUUCAGACAUUCGCUUUUCAUUAUCUCACUUUUGUGAAGAUCACUCGUGUCGUGUGGAUGCAAUGAGUAGAAUUUUCCUGGUGGUGCCUAUCAAAGUGUGGAUGUAUGAGAGCAUUCUAGGUGUGAGUGAACCCUGUAUACCCUCGAUCAUGCCAGGGCGUUUGAUAGCUCUUUAUUUCACUGACAUAUGAUAAAUUCAACCGCUAUCUUUGACCAAAAGCACGUAUUGUUAACGACUCGGGGAAGAAAGAUGUAUGUAUACCCAUAAUUUUUUUUUCGCCGAUUUCAAUUGAUUCCAUCGAAAUUAGUAUCAUAAGUAGUUUUCAGUUAAACAAAACAAGAAUUAUUGGUUCAAUGAAGUGUCUUGUGUUCAGUUAGUUCAUUUCUAAAGUGUGAACUCUUCACUGAACCAAUCGUUAUUGUUUUAUGCAUCAAUGGAUAUUCUAUGUUUAUUCAGAUAAAUUAAUGCGGAAUUCCUUAUAAUGCAUUUAAGUGUAACAGAACUUUGUCAGCAAUGGUCAAACUACUUUUGUUUAAUUUCAUCUCGAGAAUAUUUUAACGGCGAACGUAAGCUGCACUUAUUAUCAAGUUGGUAGUAAUGUGCACUUAUUGAACUUGGUUUUUCAAGUCUAGUCUAGUGGUUGAAGUAUUUCCCUCUACAUCAGUUUCAUUCAACAAUAGUUGAAAGGUUUUACAUUAUCAGUUUGUUGUUAAUCCAUGAAAGUAUUUUGUGUGGACUUUCUAUGUUGUUUGAGGUGUCUUACGGUACUAUCGAAGUACGAAUGAUAUGGUGGUUUUUCUUUCAGUGGUUGCAAUUUACAUUAACUUGAUGGAUUGCAUCGCUUACAGACUACAGAACUUUAACUUCAUUGCUCCACACUCGUAAAAGGCUUGUGAGGUGAAAAUCACAGGAGAGUCUGGAACUCAUACGACGGAUUACAAUGCAAAGUCGUGCAUGGAAGACAUCUAACAGAUGCAUUCCAAGUGAGGGCCAGUGUCAGAGAAGAUUGCUUACUCUCAUUUUUUCUCUUUCUUCUGGUUGUCGACUGGAUUAUGAAGACCUCGACAUCUGAGUAGGAGCACGGAAUACAAUCAACAGCUCAGAAUCAAUUAGACGAUUUGGCCUUCACAGAUGACCUGUCCCUUCUAUCCCAUACACCAACAAACGCAGGUCAAAGCAACCAGUGUAGCAUAAGCCUCUACAUCAGUAGGUCUCAGUAUACUCAAAGGAAGAAGAGAGGUCCUCAAACACAACACAGAGAACGCCAGCGAAACAAAUCGCACUUGAUGGAGAAACUCUGGAAAAUGUGGAAUCUUUGACUAACCUGAGAAGCAUCAUCGAUGAACAUGGACGAUCGGAUGCAGACGUAAAGGCGAGAAUUACCAGAUCAAGGGCCGCAUUCCUACAAUUGAAGAACAUAUGGGAAUCAAAACAACUGUCUGUCAACCUAUAUCAAAGUGAGAAUCUUCAAUACGAACGUCAAGACAGUUCAGUUCUACUGUAUGGAGAUGAAACGUGGAGAACUACCACAACCAUGAUGAAGAAGGUGCAAGUAUUUAUAGAGAGUUGUCUACGCAAGAUACUGAAUAUCUGUUGACCGGAUACUAUCAGUAACAGUGUACUGUGUGAGAGGACAAACCAGUUUCGAACUGAAGAGGAAAUGAGGAAAAGACGUUGGAAGUGGGUAGGACAUACAUUACGGAAAUGGUGGGAGUGUAUCUCGAGCACUGUUUUCAACCUCUCUUCGAAUAUCAUCAGUUUAAAUUUUUAUUGUAAUUCGUUCAGCUCUCUUCACAAACUUCUGAUUUUUCAAAUGAAUCGUCCAAAUUGGUUUUACAUACUAUAUUUAACUGUUAUUCAAUUUACCAUCUAUGGGGUUUGUGAAGAGUUAUCUGUUAGUCCUAUUGCUCAAGCGCUGCGUGUUCAUGAGUCUGGAAUUUUUGAAUGUUCUUUCGAAAACUCAUCCUAUAAUUCAGACUUAAGGUGGAUAUUGUUUGAUGGAACAGUUCUAUUAAAUGGUAACACAUCAGAAGAUGGUCGAUUUAUUAAUGAAGAUGGUAUCCUAAAAAUGACUAAUCUUACUAUACCUGAUUCUGGUGAAUAUAACUGUGUAAAUGUUGAAGUCAAUACCACUGUUACUGCUCAUCUUAAAGUGUAUAUUAUGCCAUCUUAUUUAUUGGAAGGAUCCAUUGUUCUUGCUAUCAAUGGUGUUCUCUUCAUUUUAUUCAUUUAUUCAAUGAUAAAAACAUAUCGAGAACAAAAUAUUAAAGAUCGUAUGCAUGCUUUCUAA